AUGUCUAGCGCAUUUGAGAUCAUAUCUCAGAUUAUAUCUCCAGUGGACGGCCAGGUGUUCACCACCCGGCCCGCAAAGGCCGUGGAAGCAUCCUAUUCUCAGUACUUUAAACAAUCUCAGGUGUUAAUAGAUGCAAAUGAUCCAUAUCUUGUUAUAAACGAAUACUUACAAGAUAUCGACCGUGAAGACUCCGGAAAGGUAACCACUGUCAUCACAUCUGGAAAGACCCUCUUCCAGAGUUUACCCCUCGUGUCCUUGCAAGCGUUUUCUCAGGUUCCGGUUGUUCAUCAUGUGGAAUUAACCAACUUUGACUUCUCCAUCAUAACUUCUUUAAGAGACUUGCAGUUCCCGGUGUUGAUAUCACAAAACACCGCUGACUUGGUCGCUAACACCAGCGUGGCGUACCGUUUGGCAGUGGGCCAGUCAACGUCGGUGUUCAACUUUGUGGUACCUUUCACUCCCUCCAAGACUGUGAAAUCGUUCCCCAAAGUGGUAUUGGAAGAAUCCAAAGAAAUCGACGAUAUUCUCGUGGCAGCUGAGGUGCUGCCUUUCCGGGUAUUGAAUUCCAAGGCCACCAAGAACCCCAAAGACGUGGUGGUCUACUUGGGUCUCAUCAACGCCGAUUUGGUGUCUGCGUUUUCUGCUAAAAACGCUUUAUUGGUCUCCAUCAACGUGUAUAAGCCAUUUUACCUCGGUCACCUAUUGUCGAUAGUCCCUGCAUCCGUCGAGACCUUGACAUUGGUGUUGCAAACAACGUCGGCAUCAGCACACUUUUCUCCACUCUUGUUGGAUUUUUUCCAAGAGUACUCAACCUUCCAACAGUUAAAGAACUUCACCAAAAUCGUGUCGGCGUACUUUGGCUACAGCUCGAACGUGGUUGCCAGUGUUGACAACUUGUUGACCAACACCCGUUCUGAGUCACCGGUGCAGAACCUUGCCUUUGGUAAGGUUGACAUUGAAUUGUCCACCAAGGCUGAGAAACUCAGACUCGAUGAGGCUGCGGCUGCUGUACAAAAUGCCUAUUCUUUGGAAGAGCCAUACACAAAGAUGUUGAACCAGGUGGCAGGUGCGGGCUUGACGGUGUUGAACGAGUUCAAUGCCCGAUCACUUGGAACUGAGUCCAACCCAGAGUUUGGCUUUGGUAAAUUCUUGCACUAUAAGCAGAGUCUCAACCAGCUUGUGCAACAGGUGUACGAGGCCAUCGAGAGCAACAGCUUGAAGACGCUUGACAAUGCAAAGUUGAUCGAGUACUUAUCCAGUUGGUUGGAUUUGGUCAAAUCCCCAAGUCCCGCAAACCACUCCGAAUUGGUUGCAAAUAUCUUGAACCUAUUGGAGUCAGACGAUUCCAGUGACACCGCAAAGCAAUUAUUGGCACAGGAACACCUUUUCCAGUUGUCGUCGAGUUGGUUGAUCGGCUCUGAUGCCUGGUCCUAUGAUUUGGGUGCUUCGGGAGUUCAUAGUGUGAUUGCCUCGGGGGACAAUAUUAACAUGUUGAUCAUCGACAAUGAGCCUUUUGACGAUAAGAAAAAGGUGAACGGGUUCCGCAAAAAGGAUGUGGGUUUGUACGCCAUGAACUAUGGCAACUGUUACGUGGCAUCGGUGGCCAUCUACUCUUCUUACACUCAGGUGUUGCAAGCAUUCAUCGAGGCCGAGAAGUUUAACGGUCCGUCGAUUGUUUUGGCCUAUUUACCCUUCCACUCAGAAAACGAGAACACCCUAGAGAUUUUAAAGGAAACCAAGAGAGCUGUUGACUCCGGUUACUGGCCAUUGUACAGAUAUAACCCAACUUUAUCAGGUGACCAAACGUUCAAGUUGGACUCUUCUAACUUGAAGAACCAGUUGAAGGACUUUUUGGCCAGGGAAAACAAGUUGACGUUAUUGGCCAAGAAGAACCCUGAAUUGUCGAGAAACUUGGCCAUCACGGCCACUUCGGAAUCCAAAUUACAGCAGCAGAAAUUGGCAGCCGACUCCUUCAACAAGUUAUUGCAAGGAUUGUCAGGACCCCCAUUGACCAUUGCAUUUGCUUCUGAUGGUGGAAAUGCCGAGGCCGUUGCCAAAAAGGUGCACAGGCAAGCUUCUGGAAGAGGCUUAAAGGCGGUGGUUUUGGCCAUGGAUGACAUUUCGGUUGAAGACUUACCCACCGAAACUAACAUUGUGUUUGUUUCCUCCACAUCUGGUCAAGGUGAAUUCCCCUUGAACGGUAAGAACUUCUGGGAAGCCUUGAAGACGUCGGUGGACUUGGACUUAUCUUCUGUUCGGUUUUCUGUGUUUGGUAUGGGAGACUCUGAAUAUUGGCCCAGAAAGGAAGACAAGCACUAUUACAACAAGCCUGGUAAAGACUUGUUUGCUAAGUUGACCUUGUAUGGAGGCCAAGUGUUGACUGACAUCGGCUUGGGAGAUGAUCAAGAUGCAGAUGGUUUUAACACCGGCUUGAACGACUGGAUGCCUCGGUUAUGGACAGCCUUGGGAGUCGACGGGGCCGAUGCGGUUGAAGAACCAAAGCCUUUAACCAACGAAGACAUGAAGAUCGGGUCAGACUUCUUGAGAGGUACCAUUGCACCUGCGUUGAAGGACACUUCUACUGGAGCCAUCAGUGCUGUGGACCAACAAUUGACCAAGUUCCACGGGAUCUACAUGCAAGAUGACCGUGAUAUUAGAGAAGAACGUAAGACUCAAGGUAUGGAACCCGCCUAUUCGUUUAUGGUUAGAUUGAGAUUGCCAGGAGGAAAGUCUACUCCUGAACAGUACUUAAAAAUGGAUGAGUUGGCAGACGUUAGAGGUAAUGGAACCAUUAAAUUGACCACUAGAGCCACUUACCAGUUGCACGGAAUAGUCAAGCACAACUUGAAGGCUGCAAUCAGAGGGAUGAACUCGGCGUUAUUGGACACCUUGGCUGCUUGUGGAGAUGUGAACAGAAACGUCAUGGUGAGUGCGUUGCCUCACAAUGCCAAGAUUCACGGUCAAGUCAGUGAAGUGGGAACCUUGAUCUCCGAGUACUUGUUACCCGAAACCACUGCCUAUCACGAGAUUUGGUUGGAAGGUGAAGACGAACACGACAAGGCUGGGGACAGAGAUGUUUGGGAAACCAGAAAAGGAGGUCCUAAACGGAAGAAAACCAUGGUUUCUGGUAACGCUUUGGUCGACUACGAACCCUUGUAUGGUCCAACAUAUUUGCCCAGAAAGUUCAAGAUUGUCAUCACUGUUCCCCCAUAUAACGACGUGGAUGUGUACGCCCACGAUGUGGGUUUGAUUGCAAUUGUCGAAGACAACGAAGUGAUUGGUUUCAACGUGUUGGCCGGUGGAGGUAUGGGAACCACCCACAACAAUAAGAAAACAUACCCUAGAACCGGGUCGAUGUUGGGUUACAUUUCCAAGGAUAAGGUACAUUUUGUGUGUGAGAAGAUUAUGUUGGUACAAAGAGACUUUGGUGACAGAACCAACAGAAAGCAUGCUAGAUUGAAGUACACCAUUGAUGAUUUGGGAGUCGAUGUGUUCAAGGGCAAGGUGGAAGAGUUGUUAGGAUACAAACUUGAAGACCCCAAACCAUUUGAAAUUACUUCCAAUGUGGACUAUUUUGGAUGGUGUAAGGAUGAAUUGGGAUACAACCAUUUUACCGCAUUCAUCGAAAAUGGUAGAAUCGAAGAUACUCCUCAAUUACCACAAAAAACCGGUUUGAAGAAAGUCGCCGAGUUCUUACGUGGAGGUCGGUCUGGAGAGUUCAGAUUAACUGGUAACCAGCAUAUAUUAAUCUCCAACAUUGAAGAUCAAGAUUUGAACCACGUUAAAGCAUUAUUGGCCCAGUACAAGUUGGACAACACCGAUUUUUCUGGGUUAAGAUUAUCUUCUGCUGCAUGUGUAGCAUUCCCAACAUGUGGGUUGGCCAUGGCUGAAAGUGAAAGGUACUUGCCAGAACUUGUCUCUAAGUUGGAGGAAUCUUUAGAAGAUUACGGCUUGAGACAUGAUUCGGUGGUGAUGAGAAUGACUGGAUGUCCUAAUGGGUGUGCCAGGCCAUGGGUGGCAGAAGUGGCGUUGGUUGGUAAAGCUUUUGGAGCCUACAACUUGAUGUUGGGAGGUGGACAUCAUGGGCAGAGAUUGAAUAAGAUUUAUCGGUACUCGAUAAAGGAGGAUGAGAUCUUGGACAUUUUGUUGCCAUUAUUUAAGAGAUGGAGUUUAGAAAGACACGAGAACGAGCCAUUUGGUGACUUUGUGAUCCGGAUCGGUGUCAUCAAGGAGACUACAGAGGGUAAGUAUUUCCAUGAUGACAUUCCUGAAGAAGCUUAG